AUGCUUGUGAGAACUCUCUCCCUUUUCUCCCAAUUCCUCGCCACUACCCAGCGUCUCAUCACAAUACCUUCGUUGCUGGGAAUUUCUCCCGUCAUCUGCGCCUGUGCCGCCUUUGCUAUGAAUCACGAUUCCCAGGCGCAGUUCCUGCCUUCCAGGUCCCGCAAGACUCCUCGUCGUGAAAUGCCUCACCAUAACCAUCAAAGUCGUCCAGCAUGGCGACAGUACGGGGAGUCAUCGUCCAGCUCCGCGGCGGCUCCGCGCCAUCAUCCUCAUCAUCUCAGUCUACCAGUGCCACAACCACGCUAUCAAGGAGAUGGAUAUGAUUUUCGGCGGCCCAUAAUGUCCACAACGACUUCUCCACCUCCACAGACAGAAGAUGUCAUUGAUCUGACAAACGAACCGGAUUCUCCUCCUUCACCACAACUCUCCCGUGCGCAGCCGUCUCGCACCCAGUCUCUUCACAGCCACCAGCCUCGCCGUCAUCGACCGCCCAGAUUUGGAAGGAAUAUAAUGGCAGAUGUUGUCGAUCUGGAAGAUGGGACCGACCAUACAGUCGAUAUCGACCCUCCCAGUAGCCCAGAGGUGGAAUUUCUACGGUCUACAGUGCGCGCGCCAACGCGCACCUCCGCUCCAAGGCGUCUGCUCGAUGUCCUCACCCACGCCCAGACUAACUUUAUGUCACCCACUGCUCAGCAAGCCUUUCGAGAGGAAAUCGCCCUACGUGCUGGACGUAUGAGUCGGCGACGAGUGAUUCAACCAAGUUUGGAAGAAUUCUUUCUCGCAGACAACUUGAAUCCCAAUAUAGAUCUUACGAUAGAUCUGGACUACCAGGCUCCUGCGUAUACCAUGCACGAGCCUACACCUCCGACUCCACCGCCAUCAUACAAGGCUCCAAGCCCAGCAACAGAGGGGUUCACGAGAACAGCCACCGACGAUGACGUGGUGGUGUGUCCUAACUGCGAUCAUGAGUUGGGUACUGGUGAAGGUCUUGCACAGCAGAUAUGGGUUGCCAAACCAUGUGGCCAUGUUUACUGUGGCGACUGCACAAAUUACCGCUCGAGCAAAAAGAGAUCUACGCUAGCAUCUCCUGCAAAGAGUAAGCCAUUUUCAAAAUGCAAAGUGGCCAGGUGCGAGAAGUCUGUCAGCCAACCUAAGUCUAUGAUCCAAAUCUUUUUAUGA